UGGCACAGUUUAACAGCAGUCGUUGCCAUGAACUCAACUCUCGCGAUUCUACUCAUCUCGGCCCUGGUUGUGGUCCAGGCCAGGAAUAUUCGUUCGUCUGAGGAGGAUAACUCGUCCCAGGUGCCAAGUCUAAGCCAUUCCCAUCCGCACUCCAUCAAAUGGCCCUGCGAUGUGGGCCACUUUCCCGAGGCCUACAUCCUGAUGCACAAGGUGGAUAAGCGACUGGAACGUAUUGACAACGAGAGUACCAAGGAAAGGAUCGGAAACUACGCCGUGAGUCAGUUGAGGCAGUGCAUCUUGGAUGGCCAGAUGGACGUGCACUGCGUUAGGCGAUCGAUUGGAUUCACCAUGUCCUUCAUUCACCACCAAAUGAGCCAGGCCAAUGGAAUGUAAACUCAGAACUAGUGGCAAAAUAAAUCGUGAACUUAAACUAUAAAA